AUGGGGGCAGACGAAGUCUUGAAGCUAGCAUUGUCAGAAGAGGGGGAGAUUAGCAUGGACUUGGCGAUGGAAAUCCAGAAACACCCCAGCAUUGAAGAAGCCCCAACAUUCACAGUCCAGAGCACAAACCGCUGGAUGACACCAAUAAUAUCUUUCCUCCAGGACGGGCACCUCCCUCAGAAUACAGAAGAAGCUAAAAAGAUCAGGAAGAGGGCGACCAGAUUUACAAUCCUCAAUGACACCUUAUACAAGAGAGGCUUUUCCAUGCCUUACUUGAAAUGUGUCGACGAAGAAGAAGCCAGAUACAUAUUGGAAGAAAUCCAUGGAGGAAUUUGCGGCGACCACGGCGGCCCAAGAUCCCCGGUAAACAAGGUAAUACGAACAGGUUAUUUUUGGCCUACUAUGCAGGUGGAUGCAGUGGAGCUCGUGAAGAAGUGUGACAAGUGCCAACAUACGGGAAUGUCCAGCGUCUUCCAGCAGAGAGACUGA